CGCGCCGACACGAUGAGCACCGACGACCCGCUCGACACGCUCGCCGUCAUCGUCGGUCGCGCCCUCAACCUCAACCCGAACCCGGUCCUCGCCCAGACCGUGUUCCGCCUCAGCCAGUCGCACCCGGACCUAGACCGCUUCCACAAGGCCCUCACCGCCUUUGGUCGCUUCUCGAGGCAGCACGCCGUCGACAUCUGGGACCAGUGCCAGAAGGACGACCUCGUCGCCCGCGCGUUCGCCCAGCCCGGCUCCCACGCCCAAGGCGGCCGCCUCGCCGUCCACGACCACGACGUCCUCGAACCCGACGCUCCCGUCCGCGCCGGCCUGUCCGUCACCGCCUCGGCCGACAAGCACGUCUUCAAGGCGCCCGCUCUCCCCGCCAGGAGCACCCUCGGCCUCGACCGCCUCGCCGCCGACAAGCGCCGCGAGCGCGACUCGGGCCCGUCCUCGUCGGCCCCGGCCCUCAAGCGCGUCAAGUACGACGACGACGACGACGUUGCACCCGACUCGUACAAGAUGCCCGCCCGACCCUCGGCCCGCCCGACCAACCCGCGCGCCCGCCCCGACGCGACCCCGUCGGCCGGCUCGGGCCUGUCCGACACGGCCGCGCGCAAGCUCGCCGAGCACCGCGCCAAGCGCGCCGCCCAGGCGCCCCGGUUGAACCGCAACGAGGAGCGCAGGAGGGACAAUGCGCCCCGAGGAGGAGGGUACGACGGGCGCGACCGCGAGCGCGACGACGGCUACGGCGGGCGCAGCGUCCGCCGCGACGAGGCUCGGGGGCGCGACGAGCCGCAGACGCCCGGCGGGUCGUUCACGUCGAGUGCCCGGCUGCGCAACCAGGGCUGGGACUCGACGCCCCGCUCCGACCGCGGCUCCUCGCGUCGUCAAGGCGGGCCGGGCGAGCGCGAGUGGGACACGCCUCGCUCGGUCCGGGUCGCCGCCGGCGACGACACGUCGCGAGGAGGCGGUGGCGGCGAGGGCGGCGACGAGUGGGAGCAGGACGCUCGCGGCGUCGACCGCGAGUGGUACAACAUUGACGAGGCCGGCGGCGACAUGGGCGGCACCGGCGGCGACUUUGACGGCUACGACGACUACGCCGAGCGCGAGGCCGAGCUCAUCGCCAAGGCGGGCGGCGGCGCCGCCGGUCCGCGCAAGCGCGUCACGGCGAGGCAGGCGGCGCGCAACGCCGACAACGAGCAGUGGGAGCGCAACCAGCUCGCGCUGUCGGGCGCGACGGGCGAGCGGCGCACGCUCGACUUUGACGCGCUCGACGACGACGAGGAGAGCCGGGUCCACAUCAUCGUGCACGACCUCAAGCCGCCGUUCCUCGACGGCCGCCAGGCCUUUACGCGCCAGCUCGAGCCCGUCAACCCGAUCAAGGACCCGACGAGCGACCUCGCCAUCUUCUCCAAGAAGGGCAGCGCCCUCGUCAGCGAGCGCAGGGCUCAACGCGAGCGCGAGCGGGCGGCGGCAAAGGCGGCGAGCCUUGCGGGCACGACGCUCGGCAACAUCAUGGGCGUCAAGGAGCAGGCCGAGAACGCCGACGGCGAGGCCAUCCCCGACAAGGACCCGAACGCGGCCAACGGCAACAACGAGCGCGACGAGGCCCGCAAGGGCGGCGACUCGCAGUUCGCCGAGCACAUGAAGAAGGCGACCAAGGGCAAGGGCUCGAGCGCGUUCGCGCGCAACAAGACGCUCAAGGAGCAGCGGCAGUACCUGCCGGCUUUUGCGAGCCGGGAGGAGCUGUUGAGGGUCGUGCGCGAGAACCAGGUGACGGUUGUUGUCGGCGAGACCGGGUCGGGCAAGACGACGCAGCUCACCCAGUUCCUGCACGAGGAGGGCUACUCGGAAUUCGGCCUCAUCGGCUGUACGCAGCCUCGUCGUGUCGCCGCCAUGAGUGUCGCUCAGCGUGUCAGCGAGGAGAUGGAGUGCGAGCUCGGCGCCGAGGUCGGCUACAGCAUUCGGUUCGAGGACUGUACCUCGGACAAGACGGUCAUCAAGUACAUGACGGACGGUGUCAUGCUUCGCGAGUCGCUCAACGAGGGCGACCUGGAUCGGUACAGUGUCAUCAUCCUCGACGAGGCGCACGAGCGCUCCCUGAACACCGACAUCCUCAUGGGCCUGCUGCGCAAGAUCCUGUCGAGGCGCCGCGACCUCAAGCUCAUCGUCACGUCGGCCACGAUGAACGCCGCCAAGUUCUCGCGCUUCUACGACGAUGCGCCGUGCUACACGAUUCCGGGUCGCACCUUCCCCGUCGACGUCCUGUUCAGCAAGACGCCAUGCGAGGACUACGUCGACUCGGCCGUCAAGCAGGCGCUCCAGAUCCACAUCUCGCACCCGCCAGGCGACGUCCUCAUCUUCAUGACUGGUCAGGAGGACAUCGAGUGCACGUGCGAGGUCAUCCGAGAACGCCUCUCGCAGGUCGACGACGCCGCUCCUCUUGAGGUCCUCCCCAUCUACUCGCAGAUGCCGGCCGACCUGCAGGCCAAGAUCUUUUCGCCGACCGAGGACGGCCGCCGCAAGGUCAUCGUCGCGACCAACAUUGCCGAGACGUCGCUCACGGUCGACGGCAUCAUGUACGUCGUCGACGCCGGCUUUAGCAAGCUCAAGGUGUACAACCCGCGCAUGGGCAUGGACUCGCUCCAGAUCACGCCGAUCUCGCAGGCCAACGCCAACCAGCGCUCGGGCCGUGCAGGUCGUACCGGUGCAGGGACGGCGUACCGCCUCUUCACCGAGAUGGCGUAUCGCGACGAGCUGUUCGAGAGCACGAUUCCCGAGAUCCAGCGCACCAACCUGUCGAACACGGUCCUCCUCCUCAAGUCGCUCGGCGUCAAGAACCUGCUCGAGUUCGACUUCAUGGACCCGCCGCCGCAGGAAAACAUCCUCAACUCGAUGUACCAGCUGUGGGUCCUCGGCGCGCUCGACAACACGGGCGAGUUGACCGACCUCGGCCGCAAGAUGUCGCACUUCCCGAUGGACCCGGCGCUCGCCAAGAUGCUCAUCUCGAGCGUCGCCAUGCGGUGCUCGGCCGAGGUCCUCACCAUCGUUUCGAUGCUGUCGGUCCCGAGCGUCUUCUACCGCCCCAAGGAGCGCGCCGAGGAGAGCGACGCCGCGCGAGAGAAGUUCUUCGUCCCGGAGAGCGACCACCUCACGCUCCUGCACGUCUACACUCAGUGGAAGUCGAACGGGUACUCGGACUCGUGGGCCGCCCGGCACUUCCUGCACCCCAAGACGCUCCGCAAGGCGCGCGAGGUGCGCACGCAGCUGCUCGACAUCAUGAAGCACCAGAAGCUCGACAUCAUCCCGUGCGGCACCGACUGGGACGUGAUCCGCAAGACGAUCUGCGGCGCCUACUUUCACCAGGCGGCUCGCGUCAAGGGCAUCGGCGAGUUCCAGCACUUGCGCACUGGAGUCCCGAUGCACCUCCACGCGACGUCGUCCCUGUACGGCCUCGGCUACCUGCCCGACUACGUCGUCUACCACGAGCUCGUCCUCACGUCCAAGGAGUACAUGUCGAUCGUCACCUCGGUCGACGCACACUGGCUCGCCGACGUCGGCGACAAGUUCUACUCGGUGCGCGAGCAGCACUUCGGCGACCGUCAGCGCGUCGCGGCCAAGGCCCAGUUCAACGCCGAGAGCGAGGCCGAGAUGCGGCUCAAGGACGAGUUCGAGCAGGCCAAGCGCGACAGGGAGGAGCGCGCAAAGGCGGCAAAGAGCGUGUCGAGCACGCCGCGCAUCGCCGGCGUCGGGACGCCCGUCGUCAAGCGCACGCCGAGGCGCUUUGGCGUGUAGCUUUGGCGAGAUUCGCAACGUCGACGUGUUGU